AUGCCCCGGUACAAAAGGACGGAGUUCGACGAAGAGGAGACCAGUAGCAUGGCUAGCAUGGCUGUCGACGCCCCCAUGGUCACGGGUGCCCAAAGCGGAAGUCACACGCCGGGUCACGGGGGUGUCCAGGUCAGGUACUCUCCCGGUCGCAAACGCAACUUCUGGGAGAGGGCGUCGCCCUUAGAGAAGAUACUGAUGAUCAGCGUCCUCGUCCUUCUCCUGAUUGUCGUCAUCCUGUCCGCGGUGCUGGACUCGUACACGGGAUCACCAACGGUCAGAGUGGUCCACAUAUCAGCAGUCAACGGUACCACGAGCGUCGUCAACGCGAGUGCAGGUGCCGAGUAUUGCGUCACACCAGCCUGUGUCACCGUAGCAGCCGCCAUAUUGAACGCCAUGGAUCAGUCGGUGGAGCCGUGUACGGACUUUUACCAAUAUUCCUGCGGGGGCUGGAUCAAAUCGAACCCUCUCCCGGAUGAAAAGUCAAUCUGGGGAACAUUCGGGAAGCUAUGGCAAGAGAAUCAAGUCGUGAUGAAGAAUGUGCUAGAAGAUGACACUUUUGAGCUAAAAUGUGAAGCAGAAAAGAAAGCUCGUAUUUACUACACGUCUUGCCUGGAUAAGAACGAAACGGCGGACAAACUCGGAGCACAACCGAUGCUCGAUCUUCUCACUAAGAUAGGUGGCUGGAAUAUCAGUGGCGACUUCAACAUCAGUCAGUGGAACUUCCAAAGGACGCUGGAGAUCCUGCACAACCAAUACAACCGAGGUGGUCUGUUCUCAUGGGGAGUCGGAGAGGACGAGAGGAAUUCGUCCAGGAAUAUCCUCCAGCUGGACCAGGGUGGUCUCGGCUUGCCCACCAGAGACUUCUACCUCAACAAGAGCAAAGACGAUGAGGUCCUUGUCGCCUAUCUGUCAUACAUGACCAAAGUUGGGGUUUUGCUUGGAGGUGAAGAGAAUUCCACACGAGCUCAGAUGGAAGACGUCAUUGAAUUUGAAACAAAGCUAGCAAAUAUCACGAUCCCGGCAGACGAACGGAGAGACGACGAAGAACUCUAUCACAAGAAGACAAUCAGCGAAAUACAAGAACUGGCGCCCGUGCUGGAUUGGACGCAAUAUUUCAAAUCCGCCUUCAAACUGAUCGAUCGAGAGAUAGGCCCGUCCCAGGAGCUGGUUGUCUACGCCCCCGAGUUCAUACGUAAGAUGUCGGAGCUGGUGACGCAAUACUUGUCCACGCCCGAGGGAAAGAUCGUUAUCAGCAACUAUCUGGGUUGGUCUCUCGUGCAAAGCCUCACCUCUUACCUCUCCAAGCCCUUCCGCGAAGCCUCAAAGAUACUUCGAAAAGCCCUGGUGGGCUCGGAAGGAGGAGAGAGCCCUUGGAGAUAUUGUGUCUCCGACACUAAUGACGUCAUCGGAUUCGCCUUGGGAGCCAUGUUCGUCAGGGAGGUCUUCCACGGAGAGAGCAAACCCAUGGCGGAGGCCAUGAUCAAUGAAAUCCGGGAUGCAUUCAAGGAAAACUUGCCUCUUCUGAAAUGGAUGGAUCCCGAAACUAGAAAACUCGCCAAAGAGAAGGCCGAUGCUAUAACAGACAUGAUAGGUUUCCCCGAAUUCAUAUUGGACCCGAAGAAACUGGACAAGAAGUAUGAAGGCCUGAGCUUCAGUCCUGUUGAGUACUUCCAGAAUAAUAUUGAAGUUGGGCAGUUCUCUCUGAAAGUCAAUAUGCGAAAACUGGACAAGCCCACCAAUAGAAGUGAAUGGAAAAUGACUCCACCCACUGUGAAUGCUUACUACACGCCCACCAAAAAUCAGAUUGUUUUUCCCGCUGGUAUUCUCCAAGCUCCCUUCUACGACCCUCAUUACCCCAAGUCCUUAAAUUUUGGUGCGAUGGGUGUUGUUAUGGGACACGAAUUAACGCACGCCUUCGACGACCAGGGCAGAGAAUAUGAUAAGUUUGGUAACCUCCACCAGUGGUGGAAAAAUUCGACCAUUGAAAACUUCCGAAAACGAACAGAAUGCUUUGUGGACCAAUAUUCCUCGUACGAAGCCAACGGCGAAAAUCUGAACGGGAAGCAGACUUUGGGAGAGAACAUCGCUGAUAAUGGUGGUCUGAAGGCAGCCUUUCACGCGUACCAGGACUGGGUGAAGAAUCACAUUAAGGAACUGCCCCUGCCUGCCAUACCUCUCACCAACAAUCAGCUCUUCUUUAUCGGAUUCGCCCAAGUUUGGUGUUCCACAAGCACGCCGGAAGCUACUCAUCUGCAGAUCCUGAACGACCCGCACAGUCCCGCAAAAUUCAGGGUGAUUGGAACUGUCUCCAACUCGAUGGACUUUGCCCGAGAGUUCAACUGUCCAGCCAAAAGUGCCAUGAACCCAGAGAAAAAGUGCGAAGUUUGGUGAUCGGAGUGUCGCUCCGGCCUGCCAUGGUUAAAUGAUGAAAAUAGACUAAAUCUUCCAAUUCGAGCUUUCGAAUUCGCCGUCAAUUCGUCUCCGCUGGAAGAUCCAACUCGAGUCCUAGGAAGACGAAAAAUAUGUUCCAAACUCCCCCUCUUCAUCACUGUCCUCUUCACUCUUAAGGAGCCAUCUUGUAGAGACGGGUGAUAUUUGUGAAAAACGGAUUCCUGUUCCUUAAUGUUGGUCUUUGACCAAGAUUGCGCUGAAAACGAGACUGACUCGGAAUUCUGCACCAAAAGAGACCAACUGCGAAGACAGCCUCUUUAUCCACCAGAAAUUUUUGGAGGAAAAGUCAGUGUUGUGCUUUUCUAAAUCAAAUUGUUUUUCUAUUUGUAGCUAUGCUCCAAACGGUUUCGCAGAGUGACUAAAUCUGGAAAACACUAUUUCUCGAGAAAUGUGAAGAACCAAGUACUCGUCUGUCUCUGUGACCGUGAGCGAAUAUUUCCACGUUUGUUUUCUGUGGUGUUCUUCGAAGGUGGUUGUGUUAACAACUCACUUACUUCUGGCAUAUCCUACUUGCUUCGUUGUAGAUCAGCGGUUCUUAAACUGUAGUCUUGGACUCCUUGGGUUCUGAAGGAAGUUUUGUUUUAAAACUUUGUUAUUUACUAUCAUUAUGAGAGCUAUAAUAAAAAUAUGACUUCAAUUAAUAGCUAAGGGCGCGGUAAAAUGCAAGUCGUAUGAAGGGGAUCUGUGGACUGGAAAAGUUUACGAACCGCUGUAAUAGAUGGUACAAAAGUAUUAGAAACAUUCGUAUAUCUAUAUUUUUUGUCAAAACUCUAUAUUUCGCCGUGCGUAAAAAAAAAGUGAAAAGUCAAAAAAUGAUAUUUUGUAUACGUCCCAAAUUCUUUACCUCUCAGUGUUGUUACUGACAGCAGUCUGACCAUUGCAAUGACACUGACAUAAAUAUUCACUUUUGGACCAAACCCAGACAUGAGGGGUGAAUUCUCUACCGUAGUUUGUAGGUUAGAAACAUCUUUUAUUAAUUAUACUGAUGCUUCAAAUGUCAGUUAUAAAUCAUGAAUUAUCAGUUGGCCUUGCUCUAAAUUAAAUUAUCAGUUGUAAAAUAAUGCUGUAAAUGUCAGUUACCUAUAAUAAAUUAUGAGUUACCGAUAUGCUGAAAUUUUAA